UUAAACUACUAGUAUUAUGCAGCGAUGACAAAAAAUCAGUCCUUGACAGACAAAAUCAGGAACAAGUCAAUCACUGUCGAAAGAAAAGAGUAAUUACGGAGAUAAUUAUUAGUUAAUGUUUCCAUCAUGACAAGUUUUGUGGCACUAAUUAUUGUAUCAAUUUAUGCUGUGGAUUUUACAAGCGGUUGUUGGACCCGACCAACUGCUCCUUUACCUCCAGAAUUUUUUCUUAUUGACUCUCAGACUCCAGUUUAUUUAUAUGGAAGAGAUAGUAAUGAUAAAAGAACCUUGGAAUCGAUACAAGGAGAGACACAUAUUAAACACAUGAAAUUCCAUAAGAAUAACAGAGACAUCAAACCAUAUAUGAUAUUCUUGAGAACAAUAGUUGUUGUUGAUUAUUCCAUGUAUCAAAAACUAAACCUUCAAGUUCUUGAUCAUGUCAUGGCAUGUAUGUAUUACACAGAAAAUCAGGUUAAUAAGGUAUAUGAAUAUCCACAGUUAAAAUUUGUUGUCACUGCUAUAGUCAUUCCAACGGACAGCGUGGUGCUAUCAUCUUUCAAACCCGAUUCUCACAAGUAUUUAAAUAUGUCACCGAGAUUAUUUAAAGAAAUGAAACAUUUCUUAUUAAACUUGAAGAAACAUAUAACUGCCAUGGAGUACGAAUUCGCUAUCUUUAUUUCGUCCGCGAAAUCUGUUUAUAAUGAAGAUAUUAAUCAACUUGGAUACGUUAUUUCAAAUGGAUACCCCAAUUGUUUUGAUGAUUCAUCACCACCAGAAAUUCAGUCAGUUAUUACUGUCGUUGAUGAAGUCCCUGGCAGUGAUUAUUCUACAGUUUACGGAGAACUUGUACGGUUAAUCGAAUAUUUAUCAAACCAUUUUAUGUGUGAUAAAAAUUUUAUUAAAUACAAUGAAGAAUUGGUUCCUGACAAAGUAUUCGAAGCUUGUACUAAUACGAAUUUAAAAAACGGAUUCAAAGCGGGUUUCCCUGAAUGUUACUACGAAAUGCCCGAAUUUCUCAAAAAUUAAUUUGGAAUUCAUUUAUAUCAAUUAUGAUUUCAA